UGAAGCAUAUGUUUCAUGUGUUCUUAAGUUACAUGUGUUGUGUUAAAUGCACUGAAUUAUAGCUAAUGUUGAUAGCUUCACGCCCAAUGUUGUUAGCUUAGAAGUGUCGGGCUUUAGGACCCAGCGGACACCUAGCUCGGGCGGGUGGAAGCAGGCCGUUCCCCUCCAGAGGACCGAUCAGAGGUCAGUUUUGCAAAUUGUACCAAAAUGAUCCUUGCUUUGGGAAGCUGGUCCUUCGUCAGUUUAUGUGGCAUUUUUUGUGAGCGACGUAAAAAGGGGGGAUAAACAUGGCAAGGUUUAGCUAGGAUACAGAGAUUCGACGUCUCAAAAUUGAACAAUACACACCAUUGUAGGACAAUCAAGCGGUUAGGUAGCGACCCCUCCGGAGGUUUUGGAGCCUAAAAGGGAGCAGGCCAGUACAUCCAUCAUCAUCAGUUCGGCUAUGCUGCUCAACAACACAACGCGGGGCUUCCUUUGGUCGGACGCGGAGACCAGGACCUUGCUGAACAUCUGGGGGGAGCAGGACGUCCAGGAGGCGCUGGACGGAAACUUCCGCAACAGCUUCGUCUACCGCGACGUGUCCCGGAGGCUGGCGGCGAUGGGCUUCGAGCGGACGCCGGAGCAGUGCAGGGUGCGCAUUAAGAGCCUGAAGAGGCAAUACUUGCUGGCCAAGGAGGGCAACCUGCGCAACAACAGACAGUACCACAAGAUAGCCAAGUUCUAUGACACCAUGGAGAGGAUCCUCAGCAGCCGGCCCGCCCUGGUGGACCCCCAGGAGUUCAUGGACGGCGGCACCGGAGGGGAAGAGGCCGUGGACGGUUUGGACGAGGAUGCGGAGGAUGCUCAGGAUGUGUACUCUGAGAGUACCGGAGACUGCCCCUUUCCUGCCGAGACCGAAGUCAAGCUGGAGUACCCCACCGUUCCCAUCCCCAUCCCGGUUAAAGUCACAGUGGGCAAUAACAGUACCUUGGAAAGGCCGCACAACAGCAGCCAGUCGGCAGGUAACUGCUCCGCUUCCACGCCUAAGCAGAGAAGGCGGCGGCGCGCCAACUUCCCCGUGGAGAGGCUAAUGGAGCAGUUCUUGAAGCAGAGCGCCCAGGCCGAGGAUAACUUCUACCGUAUGGAGGAGCGCCGCCUGCAGGCCGAGGACCAUCGGCGGGAGGCGGAGCACGCCAGGGAGCUGCACAUGCUCCAGAUGCUCGGGCAGAUGUUCUCCAACAUCUCCGCACGAGCCGGCUCGGUGGCGGCGGCGCCCACUCCCACCAAGACCGCCCAUGCUCCCGUUUUCUCCCAACCGUCGCCCACGUGUGCACGCCGCCAGCCCUCCCCACAGACAGAUAGUUUGUCCCAACGGGGUCAGCUGCUGAGCCCAGACCCUCACGCAUUAGUGUUUGAACGCCACCACGGCGUGGGCUCCGCCUCCCACGGGGUCAUGGAAGAGCACAUCCUGUCUCUGGUGAAAAAGAUAGUCCCGCCGCUGUCUGGCCAUAAGCACAAGGGACAAGACGGCCGAAUCGGGAUCGUGGGCGGAUGUCAAGACUACACUGGAGCGCCCUACUUUGCUGCCAUCUCUGCGCUCAAAGUGGGUGCUGACUUGUCUCACGUGUUCUGCACCAAAGAUGCUGCAGCUGUAAUCAAGUCCUACAGCCCGGAGCUCAUCGUGCACCCUGUCCUGGACAGUCCCAACGCAGUGGAGGAGAUCGAAAAAUGGCUGCCGAGGCUGCACAGCCUGGUGGUGGGACCCGGUCUCGGGAGAGAGGACUUCUUAUUAAAGACCGCCAAGGAGGUGAUCGAGAAGUCCAGAGCGCGAGAUAUACCGAUCGUCAUCGACGCGGACGGCUUAUGGCUGGUCACCAAGCAGCCGUCUGUGAUCCAAGGCUACCACAAAGGCAUCCUCACGCCCAACUUCAUGGAGUUCACGCGACUCUACGAGACCCUGCAACAUAAGCCUGUGGACAGCGGAGAUCACCGUAGUAGCGUCCUGCAGCUGAGCGAAAGCAUGGGUAACAUCACGGUCCUGCUCAAAGGAGAGAAAGAUCUCAUUGCGGAUGGCAGCACGGUGGUCACGUGCAGCACGGAGGGCAGCGCGAGACGAUGUGGAGGCCAAGGGGAUCUUCUGUCUGGUUCUGCUGGUGUGCUGGCACACUGGGCCCACGCUGCCUCUCAAGCAGGACUCAUCACAGGUGUGAACCCGUCGGUGGUUGCAGCAAUGGGGGCGUCCUCACUCACCAGACAGUGCAACAAACAAGCGUUCCAGCGACACGGCAGGUCCACAACCACCUCGGACAUGGUCCAAGAGAUUGGGCCAGUCUUCAAAAAUCUAUUUGAAAGAUGAAAGGCGACACAUCACACUUGUACAAGCGACAUUCUGUACCCAAGACAACUGUUACUUUAGUCAAGUGCUAUGUGCUACAUGGGCAAAAGGGGGCAGCCUUGACCGGAAAAAUAAAAAGUGUGUGUGGCCUA